UUUUAGGAGCACAUGAUUUCGACGAAUCACACGCAGAAGACUAUUAUCACACAUCCGGACGAAGUGUUUGUCUGCGCCUACUGUGACCUAUACUUCGGCUCCGACGAGGACUUAGUGGCGCACCUCAUAACGGACCAACACAUCAAUAAGUUCACGGCUUCCGGUCAUUUUCAUCGCACAGAGCCGAGGAAUUUCAAGUGUAAGGCCUGUCACACGUUCUUCGGUAUGAAGGAGUCAUACAUUCAUCACUUGGAGACCGAACCCCAUCAGUACGCCUGUCCCUAUUGCGGUAUAUCGACCGCCACUCCCAGCUCCCGACGCGCCCACAUCCAGAACACACAUCAGGAUAAGCUCCAGAUCUGCGAGGAGUGCAACGAACCCCAGAGCGACGUAUUGGCGCACUUCGUGUCCCAUGGAUUCGCCUUCGAGUGCAAGAAAUGCAUCAAAAAGUUCUACAAUCGGGAACAGUUGAACGCACACAUGGAGGUGCAUCAGGACCCCAUUGUUUGCAAUUGGGAGGACUGCGGCCGAACCAUAACCACCCGGUCGAUGCUCGUCACCCACUACAGGGGCCAUAAGAGCGAAUACAAGUGCUCCGUAUGUCAACAGGCCUUCUGGAACGUAAAUAUGUUGAACAGUCAUCAGCGGUCACACCAGCAAAUACAACGGGUCGCCCCGCAAAACAUAGUACCACAGAAGCCAUCGCCGGGUCGACCCUCGACCACCAAAACGCCAAUCAUUCAGUCGAUACCGCCGAAGAGCGAUCAACAUAUGCUGAAAUUCCCGUCGCCUCUGAGCGCGACGGCAAUCAAACCAAAAACGCCGCAAUCGUUCGUUAAGGGAGGGCCACAAGUGAGCAAUACUGUCAUAAAGUGCGGUCAUUGCAACUCACUGUUCAAGAGCGCCAAAGACCUGGCCGGACACAAGUGCGUCAAAAGUGUCAAACAGGAGCCCAUCGAUGAGAGCAAACAACUGGAACUCAUAGCUCAGGCGGCGGCCGCAGCGUCGGCGCCCACCAAACCGGCCGCUAAGACGGCCCGAAGUCGCGCGCGAACGCCCAAAAAGACGGCCCAAACACAGCAACAGCCGGUCAUCGAUUUGAACGCAUUGACGGCCGCUCAGGGAAUCGCCAACCAAUCCGAAGACGGCACUCAAGUCAUUAUGAUAUUGAAUCAGGAGAGCGGCGAACUCAUGGAGAUCACAGCCCCGCAGGGGAUGGCUGUGUCCGAAGUGAUCAAUUCGUUGAACUUUGUGCGACCGAACAUAUCAGAAGUGGCGACCAUUCCGGCCAACGGCUCCAAUACCGUGGCCUUUGACCCGCAAGAGCUUCACGUGCAGCAGUCGGAGGACAGCGCCGCCCUGUCGACGAUUGUGGGCCAACAGCUGCAGUCGGGCGACGGGGGCGCCGGCGGCGAGCAGACGAUUAUGCUUCCGGCCAACUGUUUCAAUGAGGACGGGUCGCUGACACUGGACGCGGCCACCCUCUCGAGUCUCAACCUGGCCAUCGCUGUCGACGGCAAUGGAGAGCUGACCACCGAUGGGAACACCACUUUCAUCAUCGAUACCUCCAACAGCCGAUAGAUGCGCUGAACACCGACUUUGGAGUUGCAAAACAUUAUCUAAAGUUAAUAACAGACGAAUUGAUCCAAACAUUUGACAAAUAUUUUUCAUUUUUUCGCCAAAACGACUACAAAAAUGACUUAAGAAUCGAUUGGAUUUUACGUUCAAAUACCCCGACAUUAACGACAAAACAAAAUUACGAUUAUUUCGCUGUCUUUAGGUUUUCGCAGAUUUUUUCCUUCUUUUUUGUUUUUAAAUUAAAUUAUCAUUUACUAUAAUAUUGCUCUAAAUAUUAUAUCAUUUAUUCACUCA